AUGAGUACUGAAAUUUUAGAAGCUGUGAAACCUAAAUCGUAUGUCGGAUUCGACACGAUCACUAGUCAAAUCGAGCAUCGUUUACUUAAGCGUGGCUUCCAAUUCAAUAUUAUGGUAGUUGGACAUUCAGGGUUAGGUAAGAGUACUCUGAUAAAUACAUUAUUUGCCUCUCAUUUGAUCGACUCGGCUACCGGUAAUGAUAUAUCAAAAUUGCCAAUUUCCAAGACCACAGAAAUGAAGAUCUCGACUCAUCAAUUGAUUGAAGAUAGAGUUAAUUUGAACGUUAAUAUCAUUGAUACACCGGGUUUUGGUGACCAAAUAAACAAUGAAAGAGUUUGGGAACCAAUAGUCAAAUAUAUUAAAGAACAACAUUCUCAGUAUUUACGUAAAGAACUUACUGCACAACGUGAAAGACAUAUUCCUGAUACUAGAGUUCAUGCAAUCUUAUACUUUUUACAACCAAACAAUAAGGGAUUGACUAAACUAGAUAUUGCAGCCUUAGGUAAAUUGACCGAGAUUGCAAACGUUAUUCCCGUUAUUGCUAAAUCAGACGCCUUAACUAUCGAUGAAAGAUCUCAUUUUAGAGAAAUUAUUCAAAACGAAUUUAAAAAAUAUAACUUCAAAGUGUAUCCAUACGACUCUGACGAUUUGACCACUGAAGAAUUGGAAUUGAAUACAAGUAUAAGAUCAAUUAUUCCAUUCGCUGUCGUCGGUUCCGAAAAAGAAAUUGAAGUGGACGGUGAAACAUUUAGAGGUAGAAAGACACGUUGGGGUACCAUAAAUGUAGAUGAUAUGAACCAAUGUGAAUUAGUGUAUUUGAGAGAAUUCUUAAUUAGAACACAUUUGCAAGAUUUGAUUGAAACUACUUCAUUUGUACACUAUGAGGGAUUCAGAGCUAGACAAUUAAUUGCAUUGAAGGAAAAUGCAAGCAACCGUGCUUCUUCUAGUCACCGUUGA